GAGAGGCAAAUAGAGAGCUGGAGUUAGGAAGCAGUAGGCAGUUCUUCCAAGAGAAGCUUCGAGAGCAAUGCUCAACCUACUGACAAUUCCAUACCCAAACAAUCAGGAAGAGGAAGGACUGUUAUACAGUUGCCUACUCUGGGAUGUUAGAAGUGUCCUCUCUUCCUCACAGGUAUGUCUGCACCAAGGACAAUUCAAAAGACUGAAUUGUAGCACUGCUUUUUAACUGUAAGGACUGCAUAUGGACACUGCAAUCUCCAUCUCUUUGGUUGUUUUGUGCACUUUGGAUCAAGGAUCAAGGAUUAUUAUUCAGUGAUCUGGACUCACAGAAAUUCAUUUUGGUUCUAAAGAUUGUUGCUUUCCAUGCAAAUCUUGUGAAGAUGCAGCCUAUUCUCAUAUCUUGCUGGGUGUGGAUAUUGCUAGGCAUUGUUGGGGUACAAUCACAAGCUCAGUCUUCUAGUCAGGGACAAGAUUCCCCUUCAAAUCCCUGGAGGCAAGUGAUCCAAUGGGAGAACAAUGGACGGGUGUUUAGCCUGCUCAACAGUGGAGCUGAGUACAUCCCUGCUCGGGGACGGGAACGGGACAGAAGUCAUCAAGUAUUUUUAGCUGACAGCUCUAACAGAAGGUCCAGACCAAAUGGAGGAAACGUACGCAGGCAGGCACCUUCCAGAGGUAACUCAGAAACCAUCAGGGGCCAAGCCAGACACCCCUUUGGAUUUGGGCAAGUGCCAGAAAAUUGGCGUCAAGGUACUUCUAGUACAGGUGAAUCAAGUCGAUUUCAGUCAUCCCCAAGCACACGUUACAGAACUUCCUCUGGUUCUUCUUCUUCCUCAUCAUCCUCUUCCUCUUCUACCUUCAGUGUACCAUCUUACCCACAGUACCCUUUCCAACAGCAACCUUCCUAUUAUGCCCCAUAUGAACCUUUUGAACCACCAUUCCAAGGAACAGGGUAUUCAGCAGACCCAAGUGGCAGUUUCACAGGAGUAAGGUAUGGUGGUGGUGGAGGUGGUGGUGGUUAUUCUGUUGGAAGUUAUGGUGGUGGUGUAUUUACAGGAGGAGGACUAGCUCCUGUGGCUCCUAGGUCAGAAAGAAGGGAUGACAGUUACCGCUAUUAUCCACCAUAUGGUGCACCACCAUUUCCUGCUGUUCCUGCCCAACCUGCAGAGCCUCCAUUCUCGGAUGGUUUGGACCGCCGGUACACACACAGCUUGUACAAUGAUGAAACAGCAGGUCUUCCUGAUACAAGUAAUGCUGCAGAAUCAGUUUCAACUGGUGUAGGCCAACCUGCCCUGCAAAGCCCCCAGUAUGAGCAGUUUCCACCAUUUGGAAGGCCACAACCUGUGCCUCCAUUCAUUCAGCAACCUGCACGUAACCCUCUCAACUCCAAUUUCGCAGAGAACCCCGCCACCAAUGUAGGAAGUGUCUACCGGUCUCAUCAAAGAGGAUUGCCUGACCUGGUACCUGACCCUAACUACAUCCAGGCUUCCACAUACAUCCAACGAUCUCACAUGUACUCUCUUCGCUGUGCCGCUGAAGAAAAGUGCCUGUCAAGUACAGCCUACAGCUCUGACAUCACUGACUAUGAUGUCAGGGUCCUGCUACGCUUCCCUCAGCGGGUUAAGAACCAGGGAACAGCUGAUUUCAUGCCCAACCGACCACGGCAUACCUGGGAGUGGCACAGCUGUCACCAACAUUACCACAGCAUGGAUGAAUUCAGUCACUAUGACCUGCUGGAGGUGAGCACAGGAAGGAAAGUAGCAGAAGGACACAAGGCCAGUUUUUGUCUGGAAGACACCACGUGUGACUUCGGCCAUCUUAAACGCUACGCCUGCACUUCCCAUACGCAAGGUCUCAGUCCUGGUUGCUAUGACACAUACAAUGCAGAUAUUGACUGCCAGUGGAUUGAUAUCACAGAUGUCAAACCAGGAAACUACAUACUGAAGGUUCAGGUUAAUCCCAAAUACUUUGUGCUUGAGUCGGACUUCACCAACAACAUUGUCAGGUGUAACAUCCACUACACCGGGCGCCUUGUCCGAGCAACGAACUGCAAGAUCUCCCAGUCCUGAUUGCCAGACUCAUUGAGUCAAAAGAUGACGUCCUCGGAGUCAAGCAGUUCUAUUGAAAUGUGAAUGGAAUAUUAGUUGUUGUUUUUUGCCUAUGUUGUUGUUGUUGUUUGUGUUGUUCUGGUCCCAUAAGUUGAUUGGAAGCUGGGGGUCACUGUGUACUGCUUAUAUACUCAAAAUACAUACUAAUGCCCCAAUUACACCACACAGUGGGGUACCAAAAUGGAGCUCUUUUACUUGUACCAUAUUGCCAGCAUACCCUUUGCAACAUAGCAAACUCAAACCAGAACACACCAUCAUCUUUAAAGCCAGAUAGACACUGUAGGAUUUGAUUUAUUCAGAAUCAGGCUAUGUUCCAUCCAUAUUAGAGUCAAAAUCUCUGCAAAACUGCCAAACCAUGGGAUGUACAUUCAUAUCCACAAACUCAGAAUAAAUCAGAUUUCUUGAAUUACAACGUGUUCGCUAGGAACAUAUAAAUUCAUACAAUGCCUGCCUGGCUUUAGAUGUAAGAAAGCCUUUAGUCCAUUGGAAACAUUGGCUUAUUUCCACCAUUCAUUUCUAAGCAUGGUUAUAUUUAGCAAAGCCAUUUGAUUAGAUGAAAAACCUGAGAUCAAAUAGAGACAGGUGCUGAAAUGCAAACAACUAAGCCCCAAAAGGGUGCUAAUAAACUGUAAAUCACCACUUCAAAUCAGGAAAAGUCCCUGAAACCCUCAUUUUCAGUGUCAGGCGAAGAGGAUAGACCUGUACAACUGGAAGCAAUCAUGCUGUUGAAAAGUCGUUUUUUUCCCUUCUCCACUAAAAUUGAAGGUGAAAUAAUGAAACGUGGUUGAAAGGGACAUCAGAGAAUUGUGUGUGCAUGAAUCAUCUACUAUCAUAGCCAGUUUGUUCGGGAAAUUCACUUUAGCUUGACUGAGGCAGCCUUGAAUAGAUUCUCGUUCUGAAAAUGCCAGAGGGGAUUAGACAAUUUUGAAUGAAAGCCUUAUAUCUGAGUGCUGGCUAAAAGGUUUAUAUUCCCCCGUUAACUGUUUCCUUUUGAAAUCGGCUUUCUUGUUAUUGUGAUGGUUUACAGACAAUGUCUAAUUUACCAAUCGAAUAGUCACCUCUUACAAGAAAACACGUGGUUGAUGAACGAUAAAAUGCCUGCGUGCAUCUGAUAAAUUGGCAGCUUUUAUGCUCAGUGAUUCUUGUAGAUCAAAAGUUCUUUUGUGUCUUACUUUUUAAGAUAAACUUGUAUCAUGUGAGCAGUUAUAAUGGGUUGUAUACAGUAGAUAGAAAAAGUGUACACACCCCAUUAAAAUGAUAGGUUUUUCUGAUGUAAAAAAAAACCAAGA